AUGAAUGACGACGACGGCCCUUCUUUGACAAUGCAUCUCGAUCAUGUCGCUACUGCUGUUGCUCCGCACCAACACCACCAUGCUACUACUACUACUGAUGAAGGCCCUUCUUUUCAUGGUCGAUUCCAAGAAACAUAUACCCGCCAUAGCUAUCGAACCGACGAUACUACAACUGCUGGUCCUUAUACACGUGCUGCUCGAUAUCAAGACGUAGCUACUUCACCACCAUUCAUGUUACCAGAAGCGUCUGCGUUACUUCCAACACAUCAUGAAGAAGAAGAGGAGGAAGAACAAGAAGAAGAGGAAGAAGAUGAAGAUGAAGAAGAGGAAUUGGAUGAUGACGAAGAAGUGGAUGAUAUUAUGGAUGAAGAUGAAGAAGAAGAGGACGAUGAUCUUGUGGAUCUUGCCAAUCGAGCGUUUAUUGCCACCUGCCAAAAGUUUGCAAGACAAAACUAUCCCGAGUUUCGUCGACGAGCACCUUAUUCAUUUCUAGAGAGUUGGCAUUUACACAGCAUGUACAGCAAAUCACAGCAAAUUCUACUCGGCAUUCCACACGCACAACCUGUUGUCUUGUUGUCGGGUGACGAUUUCAUGUUUACACCUCAGCUUGUUCAACAACAACAUUUUGAUCGCAUGGAACAGCAGAUGCAGUUUGAUUGGAACGAUGAUGAUUACGAUACCAAUCCACCGAUGGAUGAUGACGAUGAUGUAUUACUUGUCACUGCCAGAUCACCUUUACCUGAUGAAUUUAUGGAUGAGAAUACUUGGAUGAGUAGUCGCCAUAGUCACCAUUUACAGCAAUCACUUGUCGAAGAUCAACUUCAGGAUUUAUCGGUUCAACCACUCUUAGGAAACGGAUAUCAUGUCACCAAUCCUGAUAUUGUGGAUGACGACGACGAUGAUGAUGAUGAAGAUGGGGAGGAAAAUGAGGAAGAACGGCAUGAAAAUGAGCAACAAGAAGGAGGAGGAGGAGAACGAUUUACAAUGUCACCCGAGAUUGUACACUGGUACAGAUCAGCACAAUAUCAUCGACCGCCUUCGACUAUCUUUACUCCCGAUUCGGACAAUGAAGAACAACACGAUGAGGAGGAACAAGUCGAUUCAUAUCAGUCACUUGCAGAUAUGAUGCCAGCCCCAUCAGCUCCCCCAGCCGAAGAAGUGGUGAUCCCCAUUCCCCCAGCUGCUGCUGCCAUGGUGACGCAUGAUGAUGGUUAUGGGUCUGUGCGGCAACAAGUUCGAUCCAUCGACACAAAGGAUGAUCAUACCAACACCACCAACACCAACAAUGAUUACCGUAUCUUUUAUUAUUUCGACUUGUAUCAUGUAUCAACACGACUAUCAGAAGCAAUGGAUAUGGCCAUGGAUCGAAUUGAGACCGAUAAUGGGAAGCAAGGCGUGGGCCAAUUCUUUUUAUUGCUUACAAGUGUAUGGCGAAUACUCUUUGUUUGCGUGGAGAUGAUUCUAGCCGACAUUUUACUUGGAAGUUCCCAUAGCAACAACACAUCCUUGCCUCAACAUCGUCAACAGCAACAACAACAGGAUAAUCAUCAGCAGCCACCAUUGCAGCAUGAGCUGACUUUACAACAAAAGGCAUCUGCAUCCCAUUAA